AUGGAGGUCAAGAAGGCGGCGACUGCUGCCAAUAUGACUGUGGAGGAAUACUUGACUGUGCAGUCCGGGAAGAGCUUGGAGAGCCGAUUGAGGGACGCCGCAUCGCAGGACAGCGAUGAUAAUGAGGACGAUUCCUCCGAUGCCUCGGAGGCAUCAGGGGAGUCCGGCGAGGCGGCAGCGAGCAGCUGUGGCCCAGCAUCUGGCUCCGAUGGUGGUGAGUCGGACGACAGUGCCGAGGAAGAGGGCCAGAGUUCGGCAUCCAACGAGGAUGCUGCGAGCGACGACUUGGACGGCGAGCUGGACUCAGACGAGGAGGCCAGUGUGGUGAAGGAGGCUGCCAACAACAAGCCAGCCGAGCACGACAAGAAGGAAAAGACGGGCAAGGAAUCCACCAAGGAGAAGACGGGCAAGGAAUCCACCAGGGAGAAGACGGACAAGGAAUCCAAGAAGGAGAAGAAGGCCAAGGAAGAGACACGCAAGUCAGAGAGGUCGGCUGUCAAAGCUGUGGUUCCAGUUGAGAAGACGAACAAGGCGGACAAGGAAUCCAACAAGGAGAAGAAGGCCGAGGAAGAGAAGCAGCGCAAGUCAGAGAGGGUCCCCAAGGAAGCCAGUGAAUCAGCCCGUGUGGAGAAGCUCAAGCCUGCGGUCGCGAGUGAGAUUGGCAAGGCCAUGGUCCUAGCGGAGCAGACGACGCAGCAGGGGGUUGUUGCAUUGUGCGAAGCCAACAGUAAGACGCACAAAAAUGAGUGGAACCAGUUCAGCCGACAAUGCUUGGACAAGAAAAAGAAAGCCAACAAGUUGAUUGCAAAGCUGCUCGCCAAGAAGAUGUACGAAGAGGAUGAGGACUUUCCGGGGGACGAGGAUGAGUACUACUUCUACGUGAAUGCUGGCUCCAAGGUGCGGAAGGAGAACCGCACAAGUGAGGCCUUGGCUCUCAAGGUGCGGGACACCGCGCCCAACGCAGGGCUCGUGGAUGCUCUGACGGCCGAGGGAAGCAUUUUGGGAGCUGGAGCGCUUGCGGCCCCGGAAAAUCUGAGCGAGGAGGGCACCAAGAACCUCAUGGACAGCCUGUGCAAGGAGGGUGUUGCAAAGGUCAAGCAAACAAAGCCGAAAGACGAAGGCGAAGCCGAGAAAGUGGAUCCAAAGCGGCCCUGGGAGCUGUGCUCUGAUCGCAUGCAAGAGAUUUUGAACGAGAGCACGGCCGCCCGCAAGUACGCGAUUGCUCUCAAGCACGUGGAAUAUUCAGGAGAUUUGGUGACUCAUCUCACCAAGCACGGCAGCAAACUUGAGGAGAUCUACGCCAAGUUGCAGGAACUCAAAAAGCGCGGCGUGCAAAAGGACAAGGACUACAACAAGUUCUACGGCAUCGUGGACCACAUGCACUCGUGGUGCGAGGGGGCCGAGGCUUCUGCGAAGGGCUUGCUGGCUGGACUCAACCAGAAAUCCAAGUCAAAGAAGAAGGGCGGCAAGAAGAACAAAAGCGUGGCAGCUACCGUGGAUGCCAAGUGUGCAACCAUCGUCGUCGUCCGAUCUGCGAAG